UUGAUGUUAUUGUGUUUCACUUGUGAUGCUAAGGGGUUUUCUUGUUAUGUGCAGCAAAAGAUCCUGAUAAGAGUUACUAUGACCGAUGAUAAAACCCGAGCAAAAGCAAUGAACACUGCGGCUGCGUUUAAAGGCGUGUCUGGUGUGGAAAUAAAGGGAGAUCACAGGAACCAGAUCGAGGUGACCGGUGUCGAAGUCGAUAUGAUCUGUCUAACCAACACUCUGAGGAGAAAAGUAGCCUUCGCGGAGCUUGUAAGCGUAAACAAAGUUGAACCACCCAAGAAACCCGAUGGAGACAAAAAGCCGGAUGACAAGAAACCAGACGAGAAGAAACCCGAAGAGAAGAAACCGGAAGAGAAAAAACCUGAAGAGCAAAAACCAGAGCCAUGUUGUCCACCAUGGCCUUAUGGUUAUGGUGUGCCAUCUUCGUAUCCCCACCCGUGUGAUCCCUACGGGUAUAAUAAUAAUGGCAGGGAUUACAUCGGAGAACCCGUCUACAACCAGGAGCCAAAUUGCAGGAUCAUGUGA